AUGAGUGGGUGCCCAUUUUUAGGAAACAACUUUGGAUGUGCUUUUAAAAAAUUGUCCAUAGAAGGCAGUGAAGACGACAAAUCACAAACCGGUGUGAAUAGAGCCAGCAAAGGAGGACUUAUCUACGGAAACUACCUGCAUUUGGAAAAGGUUUUGAACGCACAAGAACUUCAAAGUGAAAUAAAAGGAAAUAAAAUCCAUGACGAACAUCUUUUUAUCAUAACUCAUCAAGCUUAUGAACUCUGGUUUAAGCAAAUCCUCUGGGAAUUAGAUUCUGUCCGAGAGAUCUUUCAGAACGGCCAUGUUAGGGAUGAAAGGAACAUGCUUAAGGUUGUUACUCGAAUGCACCGAGUGGCAGUGAUCCUUAAGCUACUGGUGCAGCAAUUUUCUGUUCUGGAAACGAUGACAGCCUUGGACUUCAAUGAUUUCAGAGAGUACUUGUCUCCAGCCUCAGGCUUCCAGAGUUUGCAAUUCCGACUGUUAGAAAACAAGAUAGGUGUUCUUCAGAGUUUGAGGGUCCCUUACAACAGAAGACAUUAUCGUGAUAACUUCAGAGGAGAAGAUAAUGAACUGCUACUUAAAUCCGAGCAGGAAAAAACACUACUUCAACUAGUGGAGGCGUGGCUGGAAAGAACACCAGGUUUAGAGCCACAUGGAUUUAACUUCUGGGGAAAGCUUGAAAACAACAUUCUCAAGGGCCUGGAAGAAGAAUUCACAAGAAUUCAGGCUAAGGAAGAAUCGGAGGAAAAGGAGGAACAAAUGGCUGAAUUUCGGAAACAAAAAGAGGUGUUACUCUCCUUAUUUGAUGAGAAACGUCACGAACAUCUCCUCAGUAAAGGUGAAAGAAGACUGUCAUACAGAGCACUUCAGGGGGCCUUGAUGAUAUAUUUUUACAGGGAAGAGCCUAGAUUCCAGGUCCCUUUUCAGUUGCUGACUUCUCUCAUGGACAUAGACGCACUCAUGACCAAAUGGAGAUAUAACCACGUGUGCAUGGUGCACAGAAUGCUGGGCAGCAAAGCUGGCACUGGUGGGUCCUCUGGUUAUCAGUAUCUGCGCUCAACAGUCAGUGACAGGUACAAGGUGUUUGUAGAUUUAUUUAAUCUUUCAACAUAUCUGGUUCCCCGACACUGGAUACCGAAGAUGAACCCAAUUAUUCAUAAAUUCCUUUACACGGCUGAAUAUUGUGACAGCUCUUACUUCAGCAGUGAUGAAUCAGAUUAAACUCAUCUCCAAAUCUAUGAAGGCAUCGAUUUCUCAGUCUGUGUUUUUUAAAAUUUUCUAUGAGUUGUCAUGAUACAUCAAGAGUCCUAAUGUAAUAUAUGUAUAUAUAUAUAGGUAAGCAUUGUG